AUGGGCAACGCAUACACGAUUGAACUGCCCCGUAAGAUGCGCACACAUCCUACGUUUUACGUUGGUCGUCUCCGCCAGUGCUAUCAGUACGAGCCCGUUUCGAGAUGCGAAGAACACCUCCACGGUCGAGAGCCGAGAUCACCCUCGAGUGGUCCCGUUUCGACGAUCCAGUCUGGUCGACUAGCGAAGCGACCUGUUCACGCAGCUCAGCGAUGUCUAAACGAGCAACAGCCAGCUCAUCACGAAGAGAACGAGUCGAACGUUCGUUCUCAAGCUGCGCGAACGCAAAAGCGGCACGAUCGUUCGAACGAUCGUGCGCUAAGGAAUUGUAUUUAUCUCUCGCAAGACCCUCAAGCCCAUAAUGCCGAGUACGUUCAUGAUCCAGGUCAUCUUGCAACUGUUCCGUUACACGGUUCAGCUCUUGAACAGCAAGCUGAUCCGACCCUCGAGCCGGAUCAGGUGUUCCCACCGCCACAUCUUUUGGUGGACUCAAGCGGUGGUCAACGCUUCCUAGUGGAGCGUACUUUGAGCCACCGCGACGUGAAUGGCGUCCGGACGAGUUACCUCUACGACGGGACCCACCCGCUACGCUUGAAGAAGGGCCGUCGGAAACGACCUCCCCGAACUCGAGUACAGGGAUUGCAAAGCGUCGACUCCUUCGGCCAUCUCGGAAGAAAUGCGCGCCCUCCAGUAGGGAUCAUUAGGGAGCCGGUGCAACUUGUAUCGCGCCCCAACGGGGUUACGUUUCUCAAACCUGAUGCGAGCUGCAUCAAGUUCGGCGAGCCAAGCCUCACGGCCAAUGCACUCGAUGUUGUGGAUGAGGGCAUUCCAUCCCUGCACCAAGGCUUUGCCGUCUCGUACAAGGCUGCCAUUGUACCACCGAUGCUUGAAGAGCGCAUCGGCGAAGAAUUCUCCCUCAGCACGGAUAGUUUCCGUGCUGGAAUCAGGAGGGCAAAUCUUCCUAGAGUCAAACAACGGGAUUCGGUUCCGUCGGUAUUCGUGCCGGCCAACCGGUCCAACUCUCUGGAUGACAGUAUCCUCGGAGACGCCACUUGA